AUGAAGCUUGAUAACAGCAAUAUCGAUGAGAGGAUGAACGGGAUGCAGGCAAGAACGAUCAACGCUCCGGUUCCUCAAGAGAGUGGGAAGAAGGACAUGAUUCAAGAGGCCGCAAGCCUCCUGCAGGAACAGAGGAAGAAGCUAUCUAGGCUGCAAGAUACUCUCCAAGGCAAGCACAGCAACCAAGGUGUCAGUGCGACUAUGCUCACAAAGAAGCUGCAAGAGCUGGACCUGGAGGUGAUCGGGGAUGGCCUCGUGCUGUCUAGGAAGAGCAGCACGGAGAACCUGAGCACGGAAUCUACGCCAACAGCCGUCUACUCGAGCAUCACUGCCGGCCAGUGGUCCAGAACAAACAGCUCUGCUAACGGGUUGGAAGCAAGCUCCAAGCCGAACAAGCUCAAUGACAUCUGCGGCGCUUUCUUGAAGAGGGCGGAGAGCGUUCCUGAGCCCGAGCCAUCCACCCUGUUGAUACAGCAUGGGCUGAUUGCAGAGGACCGAUCGCCUGCAGACAACGCGGCUCACCUUCUCAAUCAGUUCUUGCAGCAGUGCAACUGCCUGGCUCCCUUGGACCGAGCGAUCGUUGCUUACUCCCUCAAGGUGCUCGUCACAGACCCUCACGUGGCCGCCAUCCCGCAGGGGCUGCAAGGCUUCUUGCAGAGUCAGCAGGAAGAGAUCUCUUCGCCCACGAGGAGGCGACUGAUCGACCCGGAGGAGUGCUUGGAUGACAAAGGGUCCGAGAAGUCUUCCUCCAUGCAUGCCAUUUUGUCCAAGUGUGAGAGCAUGAAGCUAACAGCAAACCACUCCCUGAAGCCCGAGAUGCUGGCCAGCCUCCUGGAGGACGUGAACAACGGGCAGAAGCCCACCCCGGAGGUGAUGAACUGGGUGAGCAAGGUGGCGGACCCGAAGGAUGAAAACAAGGGAGCCAACGGGAAGUCGAAGUCGGAGGUGAACAAGUUCGCGAAGGCAGCAAGGAUGUGCAUGCUGUUCUACAGGUGCAGGGGGACAAUCGAGACUCUUUACGACAAAGUGGUGGAGAAGAACAAGUCCAACCUGACGCGCGCUCAGAUCUCGCAAAUCUUGAAGGAGCUCAAGGACGGGGAGGACCCGAUGAUCUCCGACGUUGAGAGUGUCUGGGAGGAGGCGAAGAAGGCUGGAGGGGACAACCUGACGAAAGAGCAGCUUGUGGAGGCGAUCGCCAUGUGGUACAGCGAAGGGCGAGAAGAAAAGCCCAUCGCUGGCACGAAGGAUGUCACUUCCGCGGCUGACAAGGGAGUUCGAGAAUGGAUCCUCAGUCACUUCACGUCGGUUGCGAGCUCUACCAGGAGGAAGACACCUCGGUCGCAGGAGGAAAUGUUCGGGCUACCGGCUCCUGCGGUGUGGACACUAGAGCAGGAAGUUGAGAUCGCCAAGUCGAUGAAGGGGAUCGCGACAUGGAGCUGGGAUCCGUUCGACCUUCAUGAGAAGACUGGAGGACAUGCUCUGCAGGCUCUGGGCCUCCAUGUCUUCCAGCAGUGGGAGCUGCUGGCGGAGUACAACAUCGACACGGACACGAUGAAGCGAUGGCUUUCGUUCGUUGAGAAGCAGUACGCGGAUGUUCCCUAUCACAACUCGCUGCAUGCCACGGAUGUCUUGCAGACCGUCAACUUCAUGCUGCAGAGCGCAAAGCUGUCGCAGUUUGUCAACCGAUUUCAACUCCUGGCCAUUCUCAUAGCGGCCAUCGUGCACGAUCUGGGACAUGACGGCUACAACAACAACUACCACAAGCACGCGAUCACGGAGAGGGCGAUGGCGCACAACGAUCAGAGCAUCCAGGAGAACUUUCACCUGCACAAGCUCUUCUCCUCCAUGGACGCCUACCCGAGCAUCAACAUCUUCGAGAACUUCGAGCUGGAGACCUUCUGGGAGAUGAGGAGGAUGAUCAUCGACCUGAUCCUCCACACCGACAUGUCGCGCCACUUCCUCCUCAUGAAGGAGAUCAAGGAGAAGCUGGAGACGAGGCAGGAGGGCUCCGCUGCCUACCGGGAGAGCUCCGAGCUCCUCAUGCGCGCUGUCCUCCACAUCUGCGACAUCUCCAACCCCGCGAAGCCCCGGGAGCUGGCGCUGAGGUGGACGGAGAGGUGCAUGGCCGAGUUCUUCCGGCAGGGAGACAAGGAGAAGGAGCUGCAACUCCCCGUGUCUCCUCAAUGCGACAGAGAGACAACUUUCAUCCCGGCUUCGCAGCUCUGCCCGCAAGGAGAUAAUGAUUUUCUGCUGCCUAUCCACCUGAUUCUCCUUGUCCUUGAGCUGCCUCCGAACCUCCUGCAGCUCCUCCAGGGCCCCGCUCUCCUCCCCCCUCGCCUUCCUCCUCUCGUCCUGCUGGCGUAUCACUGA